AUGAACCAACUCGCUGCGACCACAAUCAAUCCCAUCAUAAGCACUCUUCCAAUCAAUUUGAGUGAAGCCUUUUUCGAUGAGGAUUUUUGCGGUUUAGAGGAUCGAUCACUCCUUGAUGUACCGGUGAUCAGAUACACUUUCUGGGUCCUUUACAUCAUUGUUUUUGUCGGAUGUCUAUUUGGUAAUCUCUUCACAAUUCUCGUCCUUUGCACUCAUCCAUCAAUGCGAACGCCUACCAAUUUCUUCUUAGCUAAUUUGGCGGGAGCUGACCUCUUGGUGGCAUUGUUUUGCAUUUUACAGAACAUGAUUCACAUCGUUGGACACGAGAACGGGAAUUGGUUCUUUGGUGCCGCUUUCUGUAAAGCGUAUCUCUACGUGUUACAUAUGGUGCCAUGCACAAGUGUUGGUAUUUUGAUGUGUGUCUCGAUUGAGAAGUACAUAGCCGUAUUGCAUCCACUUGUGGCAUUAAAGACUUUAACGAAACGCUUACGAACAAUGCUGGCCAUUGGGGUGUGGACAAUAUCGUUGAUCGCGAAUUUCCCAUUUCUCAAAACAGCGCAACUCUACACUUUUGACUCGAAAAGUUUCGCGUGUGGAAGGGAUCAUGAAUACAGUCUUGAAUUGUUGGUUGUCGUUUCAUUUGUUCUUUGGUAUGUGAUCCCAGUUCUCACACUGGCUUUUAUCUACACGAGAAUUGGAUUGGUUUUGUGGAAAAGUGGAGAAGGAAUCUCGAAUAGAGCUAGUACAGAAUCUCAAACCUCGGGAAAUGGUGGACCCGGUUCGUCUUGGUAUAUGAGCAAUGGACGGGUGAUUGUCUAUCAACAGAAUAGCUUAUUGCAGGUGCCUGAUAACGAUCAACGACGAGCUACCGAGAAGCGUCGUGAAGUGAGAGAGAGUAGAAGAAAAGUAAUCCGUCUCCUUUUUGCCAUUGUCCUCUCAUUCGCUGUCUUCACUCUUCCGCAUCAUUUCCGAUUACUGCACUCGACGUUCUCGAAAUCACACACUUGUCUCUGGCAUUGGUCGCAUCUCUUCCAACCUCUUUCCUAUCUUUCUCUCUUUUUCUCAUCAACAAUCAAUCCAAUUCUCUAUGCUUUUCUUUCAAAACGAUUCCGAGCUGCUGCACAGGAUUUCUUGCAUUGCAGACGCUGUCCGAUUUGGUGUUUCAUGUCGACUGUCGCGUCAAGAACACAAUCAACUGAUGGCAGAUAUUAUGAUGGACGCUAUUUUGCCUUACAACGUCAAGUGGGGAUCGCUCGAGGUGUCGGACGUUGU